AUGGACCCGUAUAAGUACCUCAAGAUCCGCUUCAACCCGGACGGCUCGCUGUGCCGCUACGGGGAGGCGCCGCUCCUCCCCGCGGCGCCGGCCGGGGAGCCCGUGUCGGUCGAGGACGACCAGGGGUCUCGCCGCAUUGCGGUCCACUCCAACGACGUCCCGCUCAACGACGCCACCGGCACGGGCCUCCGCCUCUUCGUGCCGUCCGGGUCCGGCGGCCACCACGACCGGCUGCCGCUGAUCGUCUACUUCCACGGCGGCGGGUACGUCCUCUUCCGCGCGGCCUCCGAGCCGUUCCACAACACCUGCACGGCGCUCGCCGCCGCGGCGCCGGCGGCCGUCGCGUCCGUGGACUACCGCCUGGCCCCCGAGCACCGCCUCCCCGCGGCGUUCGAGGACGCCGCGGACGCCGUCCUGUGGGCGCGCCCGCACGCCGCCGCCGGCAGGCCCGUGUUCGUGAUGGGCAGCCACAACGGGGCCAGCAUCGCGUUCCGCGCCGCGUUGGCGGCGGCGGACGCCGGCGUGGAGCUGCGCGGGGUGAUCCUGAACCAACCGCACCUCGGCGGCGCCGCGAGGUCGCCCGCGGAGGCGGCCUCCGUGGACGACCGCGUGCUGCCGCUGCCGGCCAACGACCUGCUCUGGGAGCUCGCGCUGCCCGUGGGCGCGGACCGGGACCACGAGUACUGCAACCCGGAGUCCAUGCUCGCCCGUGUGGGCGCCGCGCGGCUGCGGAGGCUCCCGCCCUGCCUGGUGCUCGGGCGGCGCAAGGACCCGCCGCGGGACCGGACAAGGACGCUCGUCAACGCUCUGCGCAAGGCCGGGGUCGCCGUGGAGGCGAGGCUCGACGGCGCCGGGUACCACGCGAUGGAGUUGUUCAAGGCCAACUGCGCCGCGGAGUUCACCGCGCAGGUGGCCGACUUCGUUCGCCGCCACUCCUCUGCCGGCACCGACACCGGCGCCAGCGCCGGCGACGUGGUUGGUAUGAGCAAGCUGUGA